GGCCAAGCCGGAGGAGGCUGCGGCAAGAUGAGGACCGCGGUGCUGAGCCUGGGGGUAGCCCUGCUCUGCUUGCUGCCUGCAGAGGCUGAGGACCUUGGGGCUGCAGGGCUGGAUGAGAGCAAGGUUGCAGGCAGGUGGUAUAUCCCUGCCGUGGCCUCCAGCUCCCCGGGCUUCCUGCAGAGAAAGGAUGAGCUGAAGAUGGCAAUGGCCAACAUCACAGUCCUGGGAGAGGGUAGCCUGAAGAUCUCCUUUGCAAUUCCCUACUCAGCAGGGUGUAAGAGGUCAGAAGGGAUCUACAGGCCCACAGGCAGCCCUGGGCAAUUCCACAGCGCUGAGAGAGGCAACAAGACAGUGCAGGUGCUGGACACGGACGGGCAGAGCUACGCCGUCAUCCUGGCUGCCAGGGUGAAGGAUGGGAGGACCCUGCACAUGUUGAGGCUCUACAGCAGAACCCAGGAGGUGAGCCCCAGAGUGGCAGAGCUGUUCCAGAACCUGGCAAAGAAGAAGGGCUUCAGCAGUGAGAUGAUCAGGAUGCUGCCCAGGCAGGAGGAAUGCAGCCUCGAGGCAGCGUAGCCGUGC